CGGCCAGGGAGGUGUGGGCUCCGGGUUUGAACCAGCCAACUUCUCCAGCGGUCAGGGACGAGCGCCAGGGCGGCAGCGAGGGCGAGUGAUGCGCAGAGCUGAAACCAUGGUUCAUCAGGUGCUCUACCGGGCGCUGGUCUCCACCAAGUGGCUGGCGGAGUCGGUUCGGGCUGGCAAGCUGGGGCCGGGCCUGCGGGUGCUGGACGCGUCCUGGUACUCGCCGGGCACCCGCGAGGCCCGCAAGGAGUACCUCGAGCGUCAUGUGCCCGGCGCCUCCUUCUUUGAUAUAGAGGAGUGCCGGAACACAGAGUCGCCCUACGAGAUGAUGCUGCCCAGCGAGGCCCACUUCGCCGACUACGUGGGCCGUCUGGGCAUCAGCAACCAGACGCACGUGGUGGUGUAUGACGGUGACAACCUGGGCUGCUUCUACGCGCCCCGGGUCUGGUGGAUGUUCCGUGUGUUUGGCCACCGCACCGUGUCGGUGCUCAACGGCGGCUUCCGAAACUGGCUGAAGGAGGGCCUCCCGGUGACGUCGGAGCCCUCACGCCCGGAGCCGGCCGUCUUCAAAGCCACCCUGGACCGCUCCCUGCUCAAAACCUACGAGCAGGUGCUGGAGAACCUCGAGUCUAAGAGGUUCCAGCUGGUGGAUUCACGGUCCCAAGGACGGUACCUGGGCACUGAGCCAGAGCCCGACGCAGUAGGACUGGACCCGGGCCACAUCCGCGGCUCAGUCAACAUGCCGUUCAUGGACUUCUUGACCGCGGACGGCUUCGAGAAGACCCCAGAGGAGCUGCGUGCUAUGUUCGAGGCCAAGAAGGUGAACCUAGCGCAGCCCCUCAUUGCCACGUGCCGGAAGGGAGUCACUGCCUGCCACAUCGCCCUGGCCGCCUACCUCUGCGGCAAGCCGGAUGUGGCCGUCUACGAUGGCUCCUGGUCCGAGUGGUUCCGCCGGGCACCCCCGGAGACGCGUGUGUCCCAGUGGAAGCGGGAGAAAGCCUGAGUGGCGGGUCUCCUCGCUGGCAGGCAGCCGCCGUCUGUUUAGUGACUGCAGCCUGACAUGUCGUGUGUACCUCUUUAGCAAAGGACACUGACCGGGUUUUAGAAUUGCUGUGUAGAGCUUUCCUUCCCCCCUCCCCCACGAAACACUGGAAUAAAUUGCCUUUUCUGAGUA